CCGGCCUGCGCUCCGUGGUCUCCGGGUCACCGGCCCGCGUUCCUCGCAGCCUGAGGUCAGCCGGGGGGAGCGCGCGCCGCCGGUGCGUGCCAGGCCGGGCGGCGGUGCAGGGCCCUCCCCCGAGAGCUGCGCGGCGAAGGUGGAAAUGCGGAAGUUUCCCGGCGCGCCUGACAGAUGAGGCUGGCGGCGGGCGCCGCAGCUAGUGUGCGGAGCCGGGGCCCCGUCUCCCCGCAGCGCGCGAGCCUCGAGGCGGUCGAGCCAUGGCCACGCUGCCCAGCGCCGAGCGCCGCGCCUUCGCGCUCAAGAUCAACAGGUAUUCAUCAGCAGAAAUAAGAAAGCAGUUUACACUCCCACCCAACCUUGGGCAGUACCAUCGGCAGAGCAUCAGUACAUCUGGCUUCCCCUCCCUUCAGCUACCUCAGCUUUAUGACCCCGUGGAGCCGGUGGACUUCGAAGGACUUCUGAUGACACACUUAAGCAGCUUGGAUCUGGAGCUGGUCCAGGAGCUGGGAGACCUCAAGGAUGACGACUUGGAUGUGGCGUUCACACCCAAGGAAUGUAGGACUUUGCAGCCCUCUCUGCCAGAGGAAGGAGUCGAACUAGACCCUCAUGUCAGGGACUGUGUUCAGACCUAUAUUCGAGAGUGGCUGAUUGUGAACCGCAAAAACCAAGGAGCUCCAGAGUUUUGCAGUUUUAAAAAGACUGGAUCUCGGAAAGAUUUUCACAAGACUCUUCAGAAACAGACGUUCGAGUCAGAAACCUUGGAGUGCGGUGAACCCGCCACUCAGACAGGCCCUCGUCGCUUAAACGUGCUGUGUGAUGUGUCUGGGAAGGGUCCACUUACUGCCUGUGACUUUGACCUCCGAAGCCUGCAGCCUGAUCAGCGGCUGGAAAACCUGCUGCAGCUUGUGAGUACAGAGGACUUCGAGAAGGAGAAGGAGGAGGCCCGCAGGACCAAUCGGCAAGCCGAGCUCUUUGCCCUGUAUCCAUCUGUGGACGAGGAGGAUGCUGUGGAAAUACGUCCGGUACCAGAAUGUCCUAAGGAACAUCUGGGCAACAGAAUAUUGGUCAAGGUACUGACUCUGAAAUUUGAGAUCGAAAUUGAGCCUCUGUUUGCCAGCAUUGCCCUCUAUGAUGUUAAAGAAAGGAAAAAGAUCUCAGAAAAUUUUCACUGUGACCUGAACUCUGACCAGUUCAAAGGAUUUCUGCGAGCUCACACACCCUCAGUUGACCCAUCGAGUCAGGCAAGAUCUGCGGUGUUCUCGGUCACCUACCCAUCCUCAGACAUCUAUCUGGUAGUCAAGAUUGAAAAAGUCCUCCAGCAGGGAGAAAUUACAGACUGUGCAGAACCAUACAUGGUCAUCAAGGAAAGUGAUGGUGGAAAGAGUAAAGAAAAGGUUGAGAAACUAAAACUUCAAGCUGAAUCCUUCUGCCAACGUUUGGGGAAAUACCGGAUGCCCUUUGCCUGGGCCCCCAUUAGCUUAGCAAGCUUCUUCAAUGUCUCCACCCUUGAGAGGGAGGGAGUUGAUAUGGAGCCUAUGCUUGGGAGAAACUCUGUGAGUGAGCGGAGGACUUUGUCCCAAUCUAGGCGGCUUUCUGAGCGAACCCUCUCCUUAGAGGAAAAUGGAGUUGGAUCCAGCUUCAAGCCCACCACCCUGGCCACUAACGUCUUCUUCAAGCAGGAGGGAGAUCGCCUUAGUGAUGAAGACUUAUUCAAGUUUUUAGCCGACUACAAGAGGUCAUCAUCCUUACAGAGAAGGGUCAAAUCCAUCCCAGGUUCCCUCAGACUGGAGAUCUCCCCAGCUCCCGAGGUGAUCAACUGCUGCCUGACGCCUGAGAUGCUGCCUGUGAGACCCUUCCCUGAAAACCGGACACGCCCACACAAGGAGAUUUUGGAAUUUCCAAUUCGGGAAGUGUAUGUCCCUCACACCGUGUACAGAAAUCUUCUGUAUGUCUACCCACAGAGACUGAACUUUGCUAACAAACUAGCAUCUGCCCGGAACAUUACAAUAAAAAUCCAGUUUAUGUGUGGAGAAGAUCCUAGCAACGCUAUGCCGGUCAUCUUUGGGAAGUCCAAUGGGCCUGAGUUU